AUGAUGAUGUAUCAUCGUUGUUUUUUUGAUUUAUUACCUGCAGAAUUAUUACAUAUUUUAUUUAAUUAUUUCUCUGGACAUGAAAUCCUAAUUAAUUUCUAUGGUCUUAGUGAUUAUAUAAAUGCUAUUUUACAAUCUUAUUCUGCUUAUAAACUUAAUUUUAAAUCAAUUUCAAGAUAUAAUUUUGAUCUUAUUUGUCGCAAUAUUCGACCUGAACAAGUUAUUUCAUUAAUAUUAUGUGAUAGUGAUGAUACAUCUGGUGAAUCAGAAUUAUUCUUUUCUUAUUUUCAAAUUGAACAAUUUAUUCGACUUCAAUCACUUACUUUAAUUAAAAUUGAAUUUAAAUCGUUAGACUUUAUUUUUUACAAUCUAUCAAAACUUAAUCAAUUACGUUCAUUUUCAUUUGAUGCUUCUACAAUUAGACAUACUUAUGGACCAAUGGAUCUUAAUUCUGGAAAUAAACUUCAACAGAUAAAUUCAAUGUUAAUUCAUACUUAUGCUCAAAUAUUACCUCAAUUAAAGUUUUUAAAUUUAAAUGGUGGUUGGGUAUUAGAAUCGAUACAACUUUCGAAACUUCAACGUUUAAAACUUGGAAGUUGUUCAAUCGAUAAACUCGAAACAAUUACUCAUUUAGCACCACAACUUAAAUCACUUGACGUUUGUAUUAAUUUUGGAGAGAUGAAUUUUCAAUCUAUCAUAUUACCAACUCGACUUACUCGACUCAAUCUACAAAUUGACUUUUUUCCAGUUUCAAUGGAUUAUAUGGAAUAUUUUCUGUCAAAUUGCUUUUAUCUGAGGCAUCUUGAAUUGCAUUUGGCAGGUUAUGCUGAUCUAACGGAUGGACAACGUUGGCAAGCAUUAACUAAUUCUUUAGUCACAUUUUAUUUCAAAUUCGAUAUACAUAUAUGUAUUAAUUUUAUUGAACAAAUUCUUGAUUCAUUUCGAACAUCAUUUUGGCUUGAAGAAAAACAUUGGUUUAUCGCAUAUUACAAUGAUUAUCUAUUUUCUAUUCCUUAUUUUGCUCCUGAACAAGUUGAUUCUUCCUAUCAAUCAGUUAUUUACUCAACAGCACCUGAUAAUACGAUUUUUUAUAGUCAUGUGAAUGAAUUUACUGUGAGAAAAGAUAAAAUUAGCAAGGAGUAUUUCACUAAUAUCAAUGUAUUAAAACUCAAAUAUUCAAUUCCAUUAAAAUAUUUAUUACACAUAGUCGAUCUUAAUCAAGUUAAACAUUUAUCAAUUUUAUCUUUAGAAUAUUUACUAAAAUUUAUGCCAAUUUCAAAAAAACUACCCUGUUUAUAUGAACUCUCUGUUAAAAAUGAUAUAACAAAACAUGCAAUAAAACGAAUGUUUACUUAUUCUCUUGAACAAAUUCAAAAGCUUACAAUUAGAAUUAGUGAUAAGUAUAAUGAAUAUAUUAUUGAAGAAUUAUUUCGGCUGUUUCCAUGUACAAAAUAUCUAAUAUAUAAAUCUCAUAUCCCAUCAACACAUGUUAUGAUUCGUCUAAUAAAUGGAUUUGAACAUUUAUUAAAUGCAUCUUUUAUUUCAUGUGGUCCAUUUUCUAAUCAAGAACAAAUAUUUCGAUAUGAUCCAGAUUUAAUUGUUUCACGAAUAAAACGCCUUACAUAUGGUACUUCAUUCUGUCGAAUAUAUUAUUUACCUAAUAAUGGAUCAGAGUUUAUUAUUAAUUGGUGGAUUGAAGAACAAGUAAGUCAUUUUUAUGUAAUACAAAUAUUAUUGAUAUUUUAUCGUUUUAUUCUUAUUUAG